AUGUGUACAAAAGCACCCUUUCCAAUCUUCUGGCUAGAGCCCUUGGACCUAAAAAAGCAUCUCCAAGGCUUCCACGAACUAUCAUCCGACGAAAAAGCGGCUCUCUGGAGCACCCAGCUACACACAACUACCCUCGAAGCUUCCAAAGAACGCAUGGUGAAAGCUCUCACGAGCGACCCCUGGCACCUCAGCUGUGCUAUAACUGUCCAAGACUACGCCACAAAAGAGACCAGUAUGAUUGGCAUCAUCAGAACGACAAGGGCGUCAGCGUGGGGGCUAUCGAUAGGCUACAAGCUGAGGUCCGAUUGCUGGGGCAAAGGGUACGCCACACGCGCGAUCAGGGCAUUUUUGGAGAUGUACUGGAGCCGGAGCAGGGUGGCUCCGAGGGAGGAGGUAUUCGUCCCCGUAGGUACCAAAGAAGUAGAGAACGGGAUGAACGGGUGUGACGUCGAGAUUACGCACCUCAUUGCGCAGGUGGACCCGGAGAACGUGGGCAGCAUGAAAGUCUCUGAGAAGUGCGGCGGGAGACUUGUCGCCGUCGAAAAGGAGUGCGUCAAGGUGUGGCGGUUUGGUGAGAUGAGAGAUAUGGCUGUGUGGAGGUUUGAUAAACCUUUUGACGGACAUGUUGAGUCAAUUUGAUGGUUGAUUAAUAUCCCGUCGGCUUCUUUAGUGGGAGUUCUGGCGGGAGGGAGAUUUGAACGCUGAAAUAUGGUAUAGGAAGGACUUUUGUGUUUAACGAGGUGAGCUUCUCUUUGGCCAUCACUCGACUUUUGAGCCUUCAAAUUCUAUAGACAUGAGAGAUACGAGGCUAUAGUAUGU